GCCCAGGGGCUUCGCGGUCCUCCAAGGACGCAGCAGGGCCAGGGCCCCUUCCCGGCUCAGACCCCUCGAGGCGCCUGCCCUCGGCCGCACUGGGGUGAAAGAAACGCUGUGCAGCCCUCGCCUCCCUGCUGGCGCUCGAGGAGCGGGCGGCGCUGCCCUGCAGGACAGCCGCGUCCCCCGGGUCGGACGGCGUGGGGGUGGCCGGCGUGCGAAGGGGCCGGCCUCCGAGGGUGCCGGUCUGUCCCAGCCUGGAGUCGCGGGAGGGCCCGAGAGAUAUGCCUCCAGCCCCCAGCCUCGCCCUUGGAAGAACCGGAGGCGAGGGCUGGACUUGCUAACUUUGGAACUGUCCACCAGUGUCACGUCCUGAACAUGAGCCUCCUCCUCGCCUUCUACCUGCUCGGGUUGCUUGUCAGUAGCGGGCAAGCUCUUCUUCAAGUGACAAUUUCACUUAGCAAAGUAGAGCUUAGUGUGGGUGAAUCUAAAUUCUUCACAUGCACAGCAAUUGGUGAACCGGAGAGUAUAGAUUGGUAUAAUCCUCAAGGAGAGAAGAUAAUUUCAACACAGAGGGUAGUGGUGCAGAAGGAAGGCGUUAGAUCACGAUUAACCAUCUACAAUGCAAAUAUAGAAGAUGCAGGGAUAUAUCGCUGUCAAGCAACGGAUGCCAAAGGACAGACACAAGAAGCUACAGUAGUUUUGGAAAUUUACCAAAAGCUCACUUUCAGAGAAGUGGUGUCACCUCAGGAAUUCAAACAAGGAGAGGAUGCAGAAGUGGUUUGCCGUGUUAGCAGUUCACCUGCACCUGCUAUCAGCUGGUUGUAUCAUAAUGAGGAAGUCACCGCUAUUUCCGACAAUCGGUUCGCUAUGUUAGCAAACAACAAUCUGCAGAUUCUCAACAUCAAUAAAAGUGAUGAAGGUAUAUACAGGUGUGAAGGAAGAGUGGAGGCUAGGGGAGAAAUUGACUUCCGUGAUAUCAUCGUUAUUGUAAAUGUGCCGCCAGUGAUCACAAUGCCUCAGAAAUCCUUUAAUGCCACAGCAGACAGAGGCGAAGAGAUGACAUUAUCUUGUAGGGCAUCAGGCUCUCCGGAACCCACCAUUGCUUGGUCCAGGAAUGGCAAGCUUAUUGAAGAAAAUGAGAAGUACAUAUUGAAAGGAAGCAAUACAGAGCUCACUGUCAGGAACAUAAUCAAUAGUGAUGGGGGCCCUUAUGUCUGCAGGGCCACAAAUAAGGCAGGAGAAGAUGAAAAGCAGGCUUUCCUCCAAGUCUUUGUACAGCCUCACAUCAUACGACUUCAAAAUGAAACUACAUAUGAGAAUGGUCAUGUUACACUCAUCUGUGAAGCAGAAGGGGAGCCUAUUCCAGAAAUAACUUGGAAAAGAGCUGUAGAUGGCAUCACAUUUUCUGAAGGCGAUAAGAGCCCAGAUGGCCGUAUUGAAGUCAAAGGCCACCAUGGAAGCUCAUCACUGCAUAUGAAAGAGGUGAAGUUGUCCGACUCAGGCAGAUAUGACUGUGAAGCUGCAAGUAGAAUUGGAGGGCACCAAAAAAGCAUGUACCUUGACAUUGAAUAUGCUCCCAAGUUUAUAUCAAACCAAACAAUUUAUUACUCUUGGGAAGGAAAUCCUAUCAAUAUAAGCUGCGAUGUGAAAUCGAAUCCACCAGCAUCAAUACAUUGGAGAAGAGACAAAUUAGUCUUACCAGCUAAAAACACCACUAAUUUAAAGACAUACAGUUCAGGAAGAAAGAUGAUAUUAGAGAUUGCUCCUACAUCUGACAAUGACUUUGGACGAUAUAAUUGCACAGCCACUAACCGUAUAGGAACAAGAUUUCAAGAAUAUAUUCUUGCUUUAGCUGAUGUACCAUCGAGUCCCUAUGGAGUGAAGAUCAUAGAGCUGUCACAGACCACAGCCAAGGUUUCUUUCAACAAACCGGACUCCCACGGAGGUGUGCCUAUUCAUCACUAUCAAGUGGAUGUCAAAGAAGUGGCAUCAGAAACCUGGAAAAUAGUACGCUCCCAUGGAGUUCAAACAAUGGUUGUUUUGAGCAACCUGGAACCAAAUACAACUUACGAAAUCAGGGUUGCAGCUGUAAAUGGAAAAGGACAAGGAGACUACAGUAAAAUAGAAGUCUUCCAAACAUUACCAGUUCGUGAACCAAGUCCUCCAUCCAUACAUGGACAGCCAAGCAGUGGGAAGAGCUUUAAACUCAGCAUCACCAAACAGGAUGAUGGAGGAGCCCCUAUAUUGGAAUACAUAGUUAAAUAUAGAAGUAAAGAUAAGGAAGAUCAGUGGCUAGAGAAAAAGGUGCAAGGAAAUAAAGACCAUAUUAUUUUGGAGCAUCUACAGUGGACGAUGGGGUACGAAGUUCAAAUUACAGCAGCCAAUAGAUUGGGAUAUUCUGAACCAACAGUUUAUGAGUUCAGCAUGCCACCUAAGCCAAAUAUUAUUAAAGAUACACUUUUUAAUGGUCUUGGACUUGGAGCAGUUAUUGGCCUAGGAGUUGCGGCUCUAUUGCUGAUCCUUGUGGUAACAGACGUCAGCUGCUUUUUUAUUCGGCAAUGUGGGUUAUUGAUGUGCAUCACCAGGAGAAUGUGUGGGAAGAAAAGUGGCUCUAGUGGCAAAAGUAAAGAACUGGAAGAAGGAAAAGCUGCAUACCUGAAAGAUGGAUCAAAAGAACCAAUAGUGGAGAUGAGAACAGAAGAUGAAAGAAUUACUAAUCAUGAAGAUGGAAGCCCAGUAAAUGAGCCAAAUGAAACCACACCACUAACAGAACCUGAAAAAUUGCCUUUAAAAGAAGAAAAUGGAAAAGAAGCACUAAAUGCAGACACUAUAGAAAUUAAAGUUUCUAAUGAUAUCAUCCAAUCUAAAGAAGAUGACAGCAAAGCAUAAUGACAUCUUGAAUAGUGGUUUGACCAACACUACAGUGAGCAUUUGGAUUGCAGUGACCGUAUGACCAAAACUAUUCCAUUGACCUUAAUUUCUUUGGAAACUUCUAGCUUGGAAUAGCCUGUACACAUAUACGUAUCAUCAAAUACUCCUAUUCAUGGUCCAUUUCCUUUUAUUGUUGUUGUGGUGGUUGUUUAUUUUGUUAAGAAUUUCAACAUAGAGACUUGACUGGCACCAACUCUUGGGUAUCAAUUUGAUUGUUUGAAGUACUGCAACUUAUAAAAUGAUAAAGUGCUCUAUAACUGUGUUACAUACUGAAAACAAAUAUAAUUCAACCUCUCUGACAAAUAGAGGUUUAAUAAAAAACUAUACAAAACAAAAGCUUUAUGAGCUAAAUGUGUAAGAAAGCCCUGCAUGCUUAUGAAUCCUAUCUUGGGCAAAUAGAUUAUUAAUGGCUUUCAGGUUAAGAUGAAGGCAGAUAAUAAAGGUUUUACUUUUUAUCCAGGAAAUUUCAGGGAGCCUGGUCUGGUAAGAGCCAGUCAUCUUUAGCAGAUAUUAAAAAAGCAAGAAAAACUUCAGAGAACUUUUCAAGUUAUGAUGACAGUGCAUAUUCAACAUUGAUUUUUGAUAGACUGAGUGCCAGAUCAAAAUUGUUACCCAUAUGAAAGAUUUGUAGUAUAAAAUUAAUAUAGAAAGAUUCCCUAAAUCUCUGUCUCUUUAUAUAGGCCAUAUUCAUUCUCAAUGGACUACACAAAAAGUAAAUGUAUUGCAAGUGAAGAUAACAUUGAUUUCUGCCCUCAGCUUCAAAUAAAAUGAAUUAAAAUGGGGAAUAGUACAAAUAUAUUGUCUCAUAUUUAUAAUGUGAUUAUAUUCUCUUUUAAAGCAAUUUAUCAAAGUCCUUAAUGUUCAAAUACUUUGAAUCACAUGCUCAGACAUAUUUUUGGCCCAUAAUUUUUGAUAAUCUUUGUUUAGGAACUAAUUUUCCUAAAUGUUACAGAUCCAGAAUUAAAUUGUGUUUGGCUAGUUUAAAUUAAAACAAGUUUGGUAAAAGUCAAGGAGAUAUUGUUUGACAUUUAAAUAUGCCAUAACAGUGUCAAUGGUAAAUAACUGAAUUGGCCCUCUGUAUUUGUAUUCUGGAUAAUGUAGCUAGAAUUAUUUUAAGACUUUGGUAAACAACUUUGAAGGAAUUCCUUAACUAUUCAACAGACUUUCUACUAACACUUGUUAGGACCUACACCAGAAUAAAAUAUUUGUUAACUUCCAAGCUAUGCAAGCUCCCAGAGGUAAAAGAUUGAAACACAAUUUAAAUUCUAUUUAAGGAAUAAAAUAUGUGUUUAUGAUUAUAAACAUGCGUACCAAUUGGGAGCGUAUUAUUUCUUAGAGAGUCAAGGAUUUCGUUAAGCCCCGUCACAUUCAUAACCUUUGCUAUUUUGGGUAGUAUUGCAGCUCAAACAAUGACUGGCUGAGGAAUAUGUUCCAAUAGAACUUUGGAGGCAAUUUCAACAGUGCAGAGGAAUCUGCUUUGGUAGUUAGUGUCUGUCUAUAGAUAAAUUGAUGAAUAUUAAAUUCAAAUGUUAAUGUUAGUCAAGAUUAUCUUUAUUUACAGAGUGCUUGAAACUAUCGAUCAAGGAGAGCCAAUUAAGUAAUUUUAUACUUUUCAUCUCUCUUCUGCCUGUCAGGGAGACAGAAUAUGUAUGUCUGCAUGUUCGGGCAAUCAAAUUUCCACAGUAUGGUUGCCAUACAUUGUAGGGUUAUAAUACAGAAGUCUCUCUCCUUUUUAGCUUUCCUGGCAUAUUCUGAAGAAAAAGAACAGAAUCUUGUGCCCACGUAGGAAUUUAAGUAGUGUCUAAAGUAAACAAACAAACCACUUUAACCAUUUUUAUUAACUGGGUUAUCCAACUGAUUCUACAGAUUUGACUGUUGCUGUUCUGUUUAUAUUUGUCUGGUCAUUUGUUUGGCUUUAUUUUGAUCAGUUUUAUUUUGUUUGUUUUGUGCCAAUGUGCUAAAACUAGUCAAAAUACUUGAAUUAGUUUGUUUGUGUAAAGUUAAUGAGAUUAGUAAAGUGUCUAUGAAGCAAUAGCCAUGAAAGCUAUUUUUUUUUCUUCAUAGGGCCACAUGGUUUUAAACUAAUGAAGUUGAAAGAAUUAGGGUGACUGAGAAAGUGACUUCGCAUGUUUACUAUUGUUGUAUUUGUGUUACACUGCAGGAGCAGAGAUAUCAUAAUAAAGAGCAAAAUAUUUUUGUGUUUUCUUAUUUUGAAAAUUUCUUCCAUUUCUUUGGACUUUCCAUGUAAAGAAAUUGACCUCAAUUCUUUUAUAUAUAUGAUGUUAAGUUUCUUGCCACUCAUGUGGAGUAAUGAUAUGAAAUUAAUAGAUACUCUGGAGACUAAUUGUGGACAGACUGUUUCAAGUGAAUUGUUUCAGUUGUUGAGUGGUCCUCAUCUCUUGUUCUUGAAAUCAAUGCCAUAAACUAGCAAGACAAGAUGUGGUCAACUUGUUUUGAACUAUUGCAGUGGAAUGCUCCAAAAUACUCUACUUGUAAUAGCUUCCAAAAAAUAGAUGGCCUGCAGAAAACUGCAAAAUAUGAGUAGGGCUGAAAUUUGUGUCUGGUUCUUCAUUCUUAUUCUAGAACAAACACAUCCACAUAAUUGUAUCAAUUUUUUAACUGUUAGCGAAUACUCUUAAGUAUUAGUAUAAAAUGCAAAAGAGAUAACUGAGUGUAAGUACUGUUAAAAUAAUCUGAAUCCCAACUUAUUUUAAAGGAAGAAGCAAAGAUCACUGAAAUCACUGGUAUUUUGUAAUAAGUUAUUGGCAAAUAAUGAUAAUCGAGAGUAUAUUCAACAGCCUGCAAGAGGAAGCAAAAAUAGAAUUUUAACAGAUAUUUUUGUUUGAAAAUUGGCAGAAAUUAAUGUGUCCACAAUUUUAUAAUGAUUUGUAAAGGAAGUUAAUUGAUAAUAGUCAUUUCUAUAGUUUUAUCUACUAUUUUGGGGGUAUGGCAUGUCGCAUUCUCUUGAUACUAACAUCUAACAUUAAUGAAAAGCUUCUUAAUUUUUCUUUAUUUUUAAUAUUAAUGUAUGUAAAAACAGUUUUGAAAGGCUAUUUUAUCCAAUAAACUUCAUAUGAAUCUAGGGUUUUGAAUUAAACAUUUAUAUAAAUAGAAAUAUUUUAAGAACAUUAUUUAUUUGAGUGGCAACAAUUAAUUGUAACUUUAUAAUCAUACCUUUAGUUUACACAUAUUUUAAUAAUUAAAAUGUCUUUGUGCCUUUCAAUUAGCAUGACACUGCUUUAUUAAAAAAGAAAAACCACAACUGCCAUGUUUCCUGAUGUUUUGCUCAUAUCUGUGACACUCAAAAGAGACUGUUUUAUUUACAUUCAAUAAAUAAGCUCAAUUCAAACUAAUUUACCUUGACUAUAAACUCAAAUAUAACAAAUUAUACGGUACACUUUUUUCACUCAUGACAAAAAAGUUCUUUAUAACACAUAAGAUAUUCUUUAAUUUGUUUUGUAUUGUUUUUCUAUACAAUAAAUUAGUUGAGAUAUUAUUGGAAUACAAAGACUGCAGUUGACUUACAAAACUAGGGCAAAUUACUGUGGUGUUACUUUGAUUUGGAAUUCUAAGUCAUUUUUUAAAUUUUUGAUGAUGAGAUAUCACUAAUGCAAAUGUCUACAGAUGAAGUGAUUUUAAUGUUAUUCUCUAUUAAUUUAGGAAAUACUGGAAUAUCACAAAUAUUUAUUAAAUUUGCAAUGCUCUUUUUCCUGGAAAAUAAUAUAAAUGUUCAACCUGAGGCCCUCACACAGUUCUUUUUUAUUUCCAGAGUGUUUGUUCAAGAAACUUUAUUAAUAUAUGAAAAUAUUUUUAAAUGAGAUUGAUAAGACUAUUUAUCUUCAAUGAGAAAAGACUUGCAUCUUCUUAUUAACCCUUUGAAACAUUCUAACAAUAGUCUCUCCAGUGAAAUUACAUAUUAAUGUAUUGUUAUAUGCUAAAAUUAAAUUCUGGAAGGCCACAGAAAUGAAAUAUUUUAAUCCCAAAAUGGAAUCUUUCAAGGGGGUAUUCUACUCAUGGGUUUAAUGAUGUUUUGAGAUGAAACAAUUAUAUGUGUGAGAAAAGUAUAAAGAGACUUAAACAUAAGAGUUAUUGAACAGAUAUAAUUUUCUUCCAGGUUCCACCCUUCCUUCUUUAAAAAUUGCACUUACUCAUGAAGAUGCAGCUAUUUAACAACAUUAUAAAAGAAUGCUAAUAUUUUAUUUCCCUUUAAAUAAAAGUCAAAGACUUUUAUAUUAUAUAUAAUGGUAAAUAUUUAUUUGAUAAGACACUGGAUAUUCUUAGAAGUAUAGUGAGAUAUUCCACAUAGGAUUUCACCGAAAAAUUGUUAGUAUUGCCACGUUAAAUUCAGCAUUUUUACAGUUUUCAGGAUUCUUAUCAUACAUUGUUUGUCAUUCUUAUAAAAAUUACUCAUAUAAAUUUAAAUAUUGCAACUUCUGUUUUAUUUUUUUGAAAUUAAAGCAUGUCAUUGGCAUCACACAAUGCCAAGCAAAUGUUGGCAUCUGAUUUUAGACAUCUAUGGAGAAUAACAAGCAAAGCUAUGUUGGGGCAUUUCAAAUCAGCAUCAGACAUAGGACAGUAGAGGAAUAAAAAUGGAAGGAUCCAGAAAGGCAAACUGAACUCAGACAUUUGAAAUAGGUUAGAAAGAACAGACUGUGAGUGUGCUGAACCAGGGAGUAGGGACAUGGCUCAAAUGAAAUUUAAGGCCAACUAAAAACUAUUCCAAAGGGAAAAAAAAAAAAAAAACCUCACGAAAUCCUGAGGAGAAAGUAAAUAGAGAUUGAACCCAUCAUUCAACUUUACAAACAUGGAUGCUAUGUAAUAAAUGUACUGUUAUGAACAAGCAUAUUUGUUCCACCUCUGAAAGAAAUGUACGUGGUUUAGUGUUUGCCUCUAAUCUUGUUCAAAACUUGUGAACUUGUUAGAAAUGAAUAUUUAAAAACAUUUUUAUUUUGUUUUUGGCAUAUGAAUUCUACUGUGUUCAGAAUACAACAAAAACAUACUAUCUUUUAUUUUCUUUAACUUAUAUAUACCAUUCAAAUUUUAUAUUCCUAAGUUAGCUACUAAAACGUUUUCUUAUUAUUUCAAUAGAAUAUGUCCCUAUGAAAUGCUGUAUAUAUAUGUCUAAACUGUAAAAAUUAUACUGCAAAUGUUGAAGUUUUGUAUUUAUGAGAGACAUUGAAAGUAUGGCUUACAGUAUAUCAAAAUUGUCACUCUUCACCAUUUGUAUAUUAAUAGUAAAGAUACUUUUACUUUAA